AUGAAGGGUGUGAUGAGAUUUGGAAAGAAGGGCAAGUUGAGCCCAAGGUAUAUUGGUUCUUUCGAGAUUGUGGAGCGUAUUGGUGAGGUGGUGUAUCAGUUGUCUUUGCCACCUGGUUUGUCAGGUGUUCAUCCCGUACUUCAUAUUUCGAUGUUGAAAAAGUAUCAUCAGGGUGGUACUCAUAUGAUUCAACAGGAUUCGGUGUUACUUGAUCAAAAUUUGACUUUUGAGGAGGAGCCGGUAACCAUUUUGGAUAGGCAAAUUCGAAAGUUGAGGUCGAAAGACAUUGCUUCAGUAAAGGUUCAAUGGAAGUAUCGUCCAGUGGAGGAGGCUACAUGGGAGACUGAGUCAGACAUGAGGAGUAUAUAUCAUCAACUUUUUUAG